AUGUCCAGCGGCAUGAACUUCACCGGAAACCAGACGAGGCAGAAGGCCGCCGAGCUCGGGCUUUCCCUGGAGGAUCUGACGCUUAAAGCGCUGGCUCGCCUUCCCCUUCGCUCCUCCCUGAAGCUGCUGGAGUCGGCAGCUGCAGCUCAGAUGGGAGGAGCGGAUCCCAACGCGGUAAUCAUUGCGGAGGCCUGCACACUUCGGCACGAUUAUGCGAAGUUCGGUUAG